AAAUUUAAACGUCUAACGAGAUUUGUUGGUGUGACGAUUGCGUUGGUAGCCACGGACACGGGUGUGCGUGGUGUGUAUCAGCGGAGAUACUCAUCGUCGCUGAGACACACGCUUUUUGGGAGAAUUCGGCCGUCAGAUUGAGAAAUCGAGCGACGGCGAUCACGAUAAGCAAUCCUCCAAUUGUGUCUCCAAUCGCGUUUCGAACGCGCCGUACAAUCGGUAGCGCGUUCCGGAGGUGGAAGGUAGUUCUCCCGCAAAUUUCCCAAGUUCGUCUGAAGGCAGAUUAGGGCAACAUGGCUACCACGGUCAGGAGAUUGUGACACAACAAGUAAAUUGUAUGUUAUGUAUUGUCAAAAAUUCUGAAAGAAAGAGAGAGAGAGAGAGAGAGAGAGGGAGGGAGAGAGAGAAAGAGAGAGAGAAGAGAGACAGAACAAGAGAGAUAAAUGGAAUAAAGACAUAUUAAAUCUCAUAUGACGAAAAUGUUUGGAAAUUAAGCUUCGGAAGCAUCUUGAACAGGCAAAGUUCUGAUUAUAUAUAUAUCUAUUGUGUUAAAUUUUAGAUUUAACAUAGUAAGAUCGCAAAAGAUACAACAUAAUAUCUUGCAAAACUACAUUAAAAAAAUAAAAUAUACAUAUAAAAGAAAAAAAAAAGAAAGAAAAAAUAAGAAGCUUGAAGCUUUUCUAAGUGUACGUGUGUACAUUCAUUUGAUGAAAUACCAAUUAUUGCAAGAUACGUUUAAUAAUAAUAAUAACAUUGUGUGCUUUAUUGAUUGCCUUAUUGAUUACAAAUAUUUAUGAGUGCUAUUAAGUGCAAUAUAUUGAUACAUUAAGAAUUAAAACAAUCCAAAAAGGAGAUCUAAUAUCUUGUAUACUUAUUUGACUAUGUAUCAUACUGUAUAUCCAUCACAAAUGAUGGUACAAAUAAUGGGAGGACACCAAACAAGUGGACAAUGUCCACCAGCACAAAGUCAUACUCUGCAUAUUAAUGGUGUAAAUGCGUUGCAUCAAUCUGAUUUCCCUCAAUAUGGUCCGAAUAUCUCUGGACACAACAGGCAUCGUACGAUACAGACAGGAUCUCCACUGGAUUUAUUACAAUUAAUAGGUGUCGAUGUACCAUCAUUACGACGUAUAGAAUACAUACAGUCAAACAAUAAUUCAUCUUCUAUAAAUUGGGAAAGACGCAUAAAUACAUCCAACAACUCAUCAAUUAUACCAUUCUCAAAUUAUAAUUUCAAGCCUACAAAUACUAAUUCGACAAAGAAACCAAGCUGGAAUAACAGAAAUAGCAGACGAUGUUCAUAUAGGAAUUUCUCAAAAUACGAGGCAUAUAAUAGCGAUAGUGGGUUUAGUUCUCGUUCACCAACUCCAAAUAAACAUUACAUUGACAAUAGUUUAACAGAGUCUUCAGACGAACGAGAUUCUACGAGUUCAGUAAGAGGACAGUGGCUAAACAAAAAGCAUCAUAAAGUAAAUCCAGAUAAUAGAGCAUAUAAUAAUACAGUAGAUGGCUUAAUUUCAAGUGCCUCUGCACAUCAGUUUUAUCCACCUCAACGGGCCAACAGUAGUUACGGUACUUCCACUCCGAGAUCAUAUGUACAAAAUUAUCAGAACAGAAGAAGAUAUUUAUCAGGCAAGAACGAAAAUACAUCUUCACAAAGAUUUCCGCGAAAUCGUAAAUAUUCUGAAAUAUCGAAUUAUGAUAUGUUUCCCGGAUGUAUUGCAGCCCCUGAUAGGUUUCUUGCUAGAUCUCAUUUAGUACAAGUAACUUCUGUACCAAACAAUCUUGUUACUGGAUCAUCAUGGGAUGAUCUAUCCGAACAAAUUUGGCGUAAAUUUAUUGCGCAUCAACAAACCGAAACUACUUAUAGAAAGAAAAUGAUGCUAUGGAAACAUCUUAACACAUACAUGAAGACUUUAUAUCCAAACUGUAGUGUAUUUGUGGUUGGUUCAACAAUGAAUGGAUUUGGUUCAAAUGAUAGCGACGUUGAUGUGUGUCUUUUAAUGAAACACACAGAACUGGAUGUAAGAUGUAUAGCUAUAGAACAUUUAUUAGAAGUGCUAAAGCACCUUAAACAAAGUAAUUUCGUCGAACAACUCGAAAUUAUACAUGCAAAAGUACCUAUUAUCACAUUCUUUGAUGUAGUACGAAAAUUUAAAAUCGAUAUGAAUUUUAACAAUUCUGUUGGCGUCAAAAACACACAUCUACUAUAUUGUUAUUCCAAACUUGAUUGGAGAGUAAAACCAUUAGCGCUUGUUGUUAAACUUUGGGCUCAAUGGCAUAAUAUUAAUAACCCAAAGUGUAGGACACUGUCCAGUUACUCUUUAGUCCUUAUGGUUAUACAUUUCUUACAAUGUGGUACCAAUCCUCCUGUUCUUCCGUGCUUGCAUUCAAUGUUUGCAAACAAAUUUAAGUCGGACGCAGAUAUUUAUAAUAUCAAUAUUCAUGAGGAUUUGAAUAUUCCAUCAUCCAAUCAUUUACCUGAGAACCAUCAGUCUUUAGGGGAAUUAUUGUUUGAAUUUUUUAAAUAUUAUGUUGAAUUUGACUUCAGCCAAUACGCGAUAUCCGUACGUUUAGCAAGCAAAAUACCGAAAGAGGAAUGUCGUAUGGUACAAUCAUCUAAAAAUGAUCCUUAUCAAUGGAAAUAUCUGUGUAUUGAAGAACCAUUUGACUUGACUAACACAGCUAGAUCAGUCUAUGAUCCGGACAUGUUCUCUAAAAUUAUAUUCAUAUUAAAUAUUACAUAUACAAGACUGAAGCGAAGAUAUAGUUUAAAUGAUGUGUUUGGCGAGAUACAUCUAAUGAUGAUUGGUACUGAUUGGGGGCUAACGAUAAGUGACGAAGAAUGAUAAGAUCGUCUUGUGUGACAUGUUUACCUUGUGAUACUGAGCUUUAUUUUUAAAUAAUUUAUAUUAUUUGUGCAAGGUACAAAUG